UCUUGAGAAAAUAAGAGAUUUGUAAUUUCGAAGAAUUGAAGCGAAAACGACAAUUGAUUGAAUUGACUACAUGUUCGCUUAUGAGCGUUCUCGAUUUGGUGACCUGAGGAGGUUACGAACUGGUAAAUCAGUGAUUAGAUAUGAAAUCUUAGAAAUCUAGAUCUGGAACUUCUAUGUUCGAAUGAUGGAGUUGGAAAGCGAACGUGAAUUUGUGGAAAUCGUAGGAAUCAGAAGUCGUUUUCCACAGACGGCGCCACUGUUUAUUCAGUAACCAGAAAUAGAUGCAUUUGGAGAACUGAUAAUCUGGAACGACAGCACGGGAUGGAACUGCAUGGUUAGCAAUUCAACACUCGCAAUUCAACACUCAAGUCAGUUCAAGGUUUAAGAUAAAUUACAUGUAAAAUGAUUUUUAUAUCUGAUCAAAUAGAAUGAAUUUGAGAUGAAUUGGACUUUUUAAUCAUUCUAGUCCGCCCGGUAUAGAACACAUUAUUACAUGAUGGAGAUCCGAGCAAAAUACCUCCUAGUAUGUUGAAAUGCAUAAUUCAACAAACUAAGUAAAAGGAAUAUUAAAGAAAAAAUAAAGGCUUUGGUAUGUAACAUAAUAUUGAAUUAUUGAUGAACUUAUAAAGGGUUUGGUAUGUAACAUAAUAUUGAAUUAUUGAUGAACUUUAUUUGACUAACAAUUAAAAAAACAAAGUAGGUGAGGAUCUCAAAGCAACCAAACUUUCUUUCCUACAUAGACUUAUGUCUUUGUUCACACUUGUGUAGUCAACUUUAUCCUUAAUUAUUUUUUCAACAAAAUUGAAUUGCAUUGACAUCAAAACCAGUAUCAUUGCAAGGAUACUUCAGAAUUGAAUGGCAUCUAACACCAAAGAUGAAGCCUCUUCAUCUUCACCUUCCAUCCUAACAUCAAAAUGGACUAACCAUGUCUUCUUGAGUUUCAGAGGUGAAGACACUCGCCAAGGUUUCACUGGCCAUCUUUUUGCUUCACUGGAAAGAAGAGGGAUCAAAACAUUCAAAGAUGAUCAUGAUCUUAAGAGAGGUGAAGUGAUAUCAGUAGAACUCAAUAAAGCCAUUGAAGAGUCUAUGUUUUCUAUCAUCAUUCUCUCACCAAACUAUGCUUCCUCAACAUGGUGUUUGGAUGAGCUAUAAAAGAUUAUUGAAUGCAACAAGAGUUUUGGUCAAGCUGUUUUUCCAAUCUUCCACGGUGUAGAUCCCUAACAUCAGCGAGGAAGCUUUGCUAAAAUCCUUUAGCAACAAAAGGGUUCUCCUUGUUCUUGAUGAUGUAAGUGAAUUAAGCCAACUGGAGAAUUUAGCUGGAAAGCAAGAAUGAUUUGGUCCAGGAAGUAGAGUAAUAAUCACAAGUAGAGAUAAGCACUUGUUAUCGACACACGGAGUGAAAGAAACUUAUGAGGCUAAAGGCUUAGUAAAAAAUGAAGCUCUUGAGCUCUUUUGUUUGAAAGCCUUUAAACAGAAUCAACCUAAAGAAGAGUAUUUGAGUUUGUGUGAAGAAGUGGUUGAAUAUACAAGAGGUCUUCCAUUAGCACUUGAUGUAUUGGGUUCACAUUUUCAUGGAAGAACUGUUGAGGUUUGGCAUAGUGCUUAAGAACAGAUAAGAAAUGUUCCUCACUUUAAAAUCCAUGAUACAUUGAAAAUAAGCUAUGACAGUUUACAAUCUAUGGAGAAAAAAAUGUUUCUAGAUAUUGCUUGUUUCUUCAAAGGAAUGGAGAUAGAUGAAGUAAUAGAAAUAUUAGAAGAUUGUGGUGACUAUCCUAAAAUUGGAAUUGACAUUCUGAUUGAAAGAUCUUUGGUAACUUCUGAUAGGGGAGGCAAAAAGUUGUGGAUGCAUGAUUUACUUGAAGAAAUGGGAAAAAAUAUCGUGUUUCAAGAAUCUCCGAAUGAUCCUGGAAAACGUAGUAGGUUAUGGUCUCAAAAAGAUAUUGAUCAAGUAUUGACAAAAAAUAAGGGAACUGAUAAAAUUCAAGGCAUAGCUAUGAACUUAGUUCAACCAUAUGAAGCAAGGUGGAACAUUGAAGCCUUUUCCAAAAUAAGUCAGCUAAGAUUACUCAAAUUAUGUGGAAUAAAACUUCCCCAUGGCCUCAAUUGCUUCCCUAGUUCACUAAAAGUUCUUGAUUGGAGACGAUGUCCAUUGGAAACGCUGCCACUUACUAAUCAUUUGGAUGAAAUUAUUGACCUCAAAUUGCAGCAUAGCAAAAUAGAACAACUUUGGCAUGGAACACAGUUUUUUGAAAAUCUGAAGUCCAUCAAUUUGAGCUUUUCGGAGUCUCUAAAGAAAUCGCCUGACGUUGUUGGUGUUCCAAAUCUUGAGCUAUUAGUCCUUGAAAGUUGUACAAACUUAACUGAGAUUCAUCCCUCCCUUUUAAGCCACAAGAAACUUAUUCUAUUGAAUUUGAAAGACUGCAAAAGGCUCAAAGCGCUUCCAUGCAAAAUAGAGAUGAGUUCCUUGAAGGUUUUAUGUCUUUCCGGUUGCAGUGAAUUUGAACAUCUUCCUGAGUUUGAGGAAAACAUGGAAAAUCUAAAUGUGCUUUCUUUAGACGAGACUUCUAUAAAAGAACUACCAUCUUCACUUGGAUUUCUUGUAUCCCUUUUUCUUCUGGAUUUAGAAAAUUGCAAGAAUCUUGUCUCUCUUCCAGAUACAAUAGGUGAUUUGAAAACUCCCGCAAUUCUGAAUGUUAUUGGCUGUACAGAACUCCGUAGUUUUCCAGAAGAUUUUGCUGGUUUUGUAAGGGACGGAAGGAUUUGGUUCUCAUUUGGUUCUUGGGAAAAUGAGACAACUCAUUAAUUGUAUAUAUUUUUCAUUCUUAGAUUAGACUAAGAAAUUAGACAUAGAAUAUUUAUAAUAAUAGUUGUAAACAGUUCCUGGUUCGUGAAUUCUGCUUUCCUGUUAUUCUGCGUUGCUUGCUUGUUUUUGGCUCACUGAGAAACAAUGCCUUCUUAUCCAAGAAACCAUGUCUUGUGAUGCUUCUGUUUCCAAACUUGUGAUGAUUGACGGUUGUGUAUGCUGUAGUUGCAGUAAAAACUUUUGCAAUUACUGCAAGCAACAAUGCCUUAAUAUCUCAGACUUUCCAUGCCUACUCCAUGAUAAACAAAUAUUACAGCCUGAACGGUUUAACAAAUGGUACAAAAGUACUCUUUUAGCCGUGGAAAUGUUGGAUAAGUCUUCUUACAUUUUUAUCAUGGUAAUUAAAAAAUCAAAUUUAUUGGAUAGAUAGUCUUGACAACAAUCAAGA